AUUCACAAACUUCCUGCUCUGGGCUCGGCAGCCACCCUGAACCAGGCCACCCCAACGGAGGGUUCGGAGGCCACACUUGAGGCCCAGGCAGGGCCCAGGCGGGGCCCAGGGGGGCCCGGAGUGGGAAGAUGGCCGAUGGAGGCAGCGACCUCAGCACCAGGGCAUCCACAGAAGACCAGAACAUUGAUGACAGACUUAUCUAUGAGACUCUAUUCAAACACUUCAAAAGACACAAGGUGGAGAUUUCAAAUGCAAUAAAAAAGCCAUUUCCUUUCUUUGAGUGCCUCCGGGACCGUGAACUCAUCACCAAUAAAAUGUAUGAUGAUUGUCAAGAUUCUUGUAGAAACCUGGUCCCUGUACAAAAAGUGGUGUAUAAUGUUCUCAAGGAACUGGAGAAGACAUUUGACUUGCCACUUAUGGAAGCAUUGUUCAGCGAGGUCAACGUGCAAGAAUACCCUGAUUUAAAUCAUAUUUAUAAGAGCUUCGAAUAUGCAAUCCAAGAGAAAAUUAAUUACCAAGAAAGUGAUGAAGAAGAGGUGGACAAGAGUCCUAAUAUCCGACUGAGGCUUGGGCAAGGAACUGGUGAAAACUCAUAUCGAAGCCUGACCUGGUCAUGCCCAGGGUCCUCAUCUUACCAUGGUACAACCCCACCUGAAAAUAGACUCUUGGAGAACCUCUGUGAACCAGAACAGAUAAAUGCAAACAGAACAGAUACAACCAGUGACAAAAAUGAUGCACUAGAAAUCCAACAAGCAAAUGAGGAGUGUGCCCAAGAAUCUGAGCCAGCAGAGUCCUGUGAACAAGCACCCAUCCAAGUGAAUAAUGGAGACACAAAAGAAGUCACACCCAGCCCUUUGCCCUGUGAUGGAGAAAGAGCAGAGCUACCCAACCAUGGAAUCCAAGUCAAUUCCUGUUCUGUAUUGCUGGUGGAUAUAAAGAAGGAAAAGCCAUUUUUUAACUCAAGAGUUGAACAGCAAGCCCAAGCAGGGACUAACUGUAACCAGGCAUCUGACAUAAUAGUGAUCAGCAGUGACUCCGAGGAAUCCAAUGAUGAAGACGAGCCCCCAGAAGCCUCCACGUCAGCACUGGAAAGCGGGCCUGUGACCAAUAACCUUGACUUAUUAGAAUCAAGUGAGAAAGGAGAGUCCCAAGAAGCCACCUGCUCAAGACUUCAGAUUACACUAGACUCCAUGGAUUUCAGAAAAUCACCUACAUUCAGAGAAAGAGUUUGGAAAGUAGUGAAAAGAUUUGAUGACUAUUCAGAGUCCAGUGAGGAAGAGGAGCCCCUGAGAGCUUCGAGCUCAGCACUGAGAAGUGAUCCUGAUGAGGAGGAUCCUGCGGAUAUUGGAGACAAACCUAUUUGGGGGAUGAGCAAGAGGAAAAGAUACUCCCUGGAUAAACAAAGGAACUGGAAGAAGAAGUAUGUUCAGACAAGUGGAGAGGGGAUCAGCAGUGGUAACUUUUCAGAAUUAAGUCAUACAGAAGAACCUCAGGAAUCUUCUGGCUCAGUCCUAAGAAGUGGGUCAGGAGCAGAGCCACAAGGACUUGGAAAUGAAAAGUGUUCCUGUGUCAUGUGUUUUUCAGAAGGUAUUUCAAGAGGCCAAGGAGCAAGGACUGAGAGUAGCCAAGCAUCUGACAUGAUGGAUACCAUGGAUAUUGGAAACAAUUCUACUUCGGGAAAACACAAUGAGAAAAUAAGGAAAAAGAGAAGAUCUAUACAUAAAAAAAGCAGUCUCCAAAAAGUGAGAAGGAGAGGCAGACAUAAAAUCCAAACUCUGAGUAACAGAGCCCUAUGGAACAGAGGCAAACCAAAAGGGAGAAAAACGGUCAUCUCCGGGUCUUUGAGAAGAGGCAGAAAAAGAGGUCCAAGAAUUCCCAGAGAUACACGUAUGAAUUUUUGCCUUCCGGAACUUCCCGUGACCUGUGGAGAGGCAAAGGGGAUUUUAUAUAAGGAGAAAAUGAAACAAGGAACCUCAGAGAAGUGUAUAAAGGGUGAGGAUGGAAGAUGGUUUACCUUCAGGGAAUUUGAAGUUGAAGGAAACUACUCACGGUCCAAGAACUGGAAGAUGAGUGUGAGAUGUGGUGGAUUCCCCCUGAAAGACCUGAUUAAGAAUAAAUAUCUACCAGACCCUCCAAGAAGAAGAAUAAGAAAGCAGUCAAGACCAGAGCCUAGCAGCAAUGACUUUUUUGACCCUUACCCGGGAAACUCAAAUAUAUGUGAGGUGUGCCGUGGACCUGGAAAGCUGUUCUGCUGUGAUACUUGUCCAAAGUCCUUUCAUGAGAAAUGCCACAUCCACCCUAUAGAUGCUAACAGGGACCCAUGGAGUUGCAUCUUCUGCAGGAUAAAGGCUCUUCAGCAAAGGUACCCACAAAGCCAACGAUGUCACCAAGUAUCUGAGGUCCUAAAGAGGCGGAUGGUGCCUGAGGAACAGUUGAAAUGUGAAUUUGUCCUCUUGAAGGUCUACUGCUGUUCAAAAAGCCUCUUUUUUGCCUCAAGACCACAUUAUAGUAACGACGCGUCUCAUGGCCUAAAGCGACACAUGUGGUUAAACAAAAUCAAGAAAAAGCUGAAUAGGAAACUGUACCUCCAAGUGGAGGGGUUUGUGCAGGACAUGUGCCUCAUCUUUCAGAACCACAGGGCUUUUUACAAGGACAACCAGAAAUUCAUCAAGCUUGGACUUCAGCUACAGGCCAUAUUUGAGAAUAGUUUCAGAAACACUUUUGCAAUUCAGGAAAACAAGGGAGAAUAGUUCUCAGUUGGAGCACAUUCUUUCAUGAAGUAGCUCUCCCCCUCACCCCAACAGAGCCUUCAGCAGCUAUGUGAUGAGUCUGUGGUCCCCCCAACUGACAAUUCUGCCUGUGGCUGUGCAAACAACUUUUUCAAAUUUUUUUUUGUUGCCAUUUUAGUUCAUUUAUUUUUCUAAAUAAAAUAUAAAAUUAUCUUGUCAA